AUGGCACCUGGCUUGAAGCAUGGGCAAACGGUUGGUCGAGUGCUGCAACUCAUGUACCUUGGGCCUCAUGCGUGCAAUACAAGUGGUUACAUGCUAAAGUUUACCAUCAUACAACAGGGUUAUUGGCACUUGUGUCCCCAGCGUAUUGCUAAACGAGGAUAUUAUGGAGCUUUCCUGAUGGAUAAUCUUCCUCUUGUGAAGUCUCUGGUGGAAAAAUUAGCUAAUGGCCUUAAUGUUCCCGUCUCAUGCAAAAUUCGGAUCUUCCCAGAUUUGCAAGACACGAUUAACUACGCAAAGAUGUUGGAGGAGGCAGGGUGUGCUCUUUUAGCAGUACAUGGAAGAACUAGAGAUGAAAAAGAUGGGAAGAAGUUUCGAGCAGACUGGAAAGCAAUCAAGGCUGUUAGAGAAGCAGUGAGAAUUCCUGUCCUUGCAAAUGGUAAUAUACGGCAUAUAGAAGAUGUGUGGCAAUGCAUGGAAGAGACCGGAGCUGAAGGGGUCCUUUCGGCCGAGCCUCUGCUUGAGAAUCCUGCUCUGUUUGCUGGUUAUCGAACUUCUGAAUGGGUUUUGGGUCAUGAAGAAAUAUGCAAAGCUGAGGAACUCGACCAGGCUCAGCUGUUGGUGGAGUAUUUAAACUUCUGUGAGAAGCAUCCGGUGCCAUGGAGAAUGAUCCGAUCUCACGUUCACAAGUUACUGGGAGACUGGUUCCGAAUUCAUCCACAUGUAAGAGAGGAUCUCAACAAACAAUCCAAGCUGACGUUCGAAUUUCUGUAUGGUAUAGUCGACCGACUUAGAGAGCUUAAUGCAAGAAUACCACUUUUUGUCACGGAUGAUAAUCGCAACAACACAUAUGUUGCUUAAACUUAAGCACGACUCUGGAUCCUGACCACCUCAAGAAUUGUUUAGCAGCAUUGCAAGGUAAGUUACUAAUGAGAGCUCUAUACUUCAAUUCUUACGGCACACGAAUUUGUAGAUGGUUCAAGUGUCGAUUUACUUGUUGUAAUCCUCGAUUUUGUCACCACUGAUGGGGAAUAGACCUUCCAAUUGUGUUACUAUGCCUGAUUCAACUUGAUUGUACCUUUAUAUGAACUAUAUCUCUGCUUGCUAUGCAAGGGUAAUCAUACUGUUAGUUCUUGGAUAUUUUGCUUUUAGAACACUAGAAGAAUAUGCUUCUCUUUUGAAUGGUA